AUGGCCGCAAUGAUGCUGUCCAACUGUUCUCGAAUCGCGCCCCGGACAUUGACACGUUUAACAUCAUUAUCACGUGCUGAGGUCGUGAGGUCUCUGCAUCUAGAAGGGCGUGUUCUCAGACCGAAAACAAGGUGCCUAGCUAAUGAAUUAUCUCAUCAAGUAUCCAAGAAAAGUCCCAUUUGUUGGACUCAGACGAGACAUAUACGCUCAACUCAAGUAUUAUGGGAGCUGAAAGAUGUCGUAGUUCCACCUUUUGCGGACAGUGUCAGCGAAGGUGAUGUAAGGUGGGAAAAGAAAGUUGGCGACCAGGUAAAAGAGGAUGAAGUCGUUUGUGAGAUCGAAACCGACAAGACCUCCGUACCUGUACCAGCCCCUGGCGCCGGUGUGAUUAAAGAGCUUUUCGUCAAAGAUGGCGAUACCGUGAAAGCCGGACAAAAAAUAUGUAGUCUCGAUAUCGGUGCUACUGGUGGAAAUGUCGCCGCAGCAGCUGAAGUUCCUAAAGCAGCUGCAGCACCACCUCCACCUCCGCCACCACCAUCUCCUCCAAAAGCAGCUGGUGCACCACCACCACCACCACCGCCGCCGCCUCCACCAUCGGCAGCGCCUGUAUCUCCUCCAGCUGCCAGACCACCACCACCUCAAGCACCCACUGCCUCAAUGCCCGUAGCUGCCAUUAAACAUGCCCAAUCGUUGGAGGGUGCCAAAGUUCAAUUACCUCCUCUUGAUUACGCACGUGAGAUUAUCGGCACUCGAACUGAACAAAGGGUGAAAAUGAAUCGUAUGCGACUUCGUAUUGCCGAACGUCUAAAGGACGCUCAGAAUACCAAUGCUAUGCUCACUACUUUUAACGAAAUCGACAUGAGCCACAUAAUGGAAUUCCGUAAGCAAAAUCAAGACGCCUUCACUAAAAAAUACGGUCUUAAAAUGGGAUUCAUGAGUCCAUUCAUCGCAGCUAGCGCUUACGCGCUUAAAGAUCAGCCUGUGGUUAAUGCGGUAAUUGAUGGUACAGACAUCGUUUACCGUGACUAUGUCGAUGUUAGUGUAGCUGUCGCUACACCUAAAGGUCUUGUUGUGCCUGUUUUACGCAGCGUAGAAAACAAGAACUUUGCCGAAAUUGAAAUCGCUCUUGCUGCAGUCGGCGACAAAGCAAGAAAAGGUAAAAUUUCUGUUGAAGAUAUGGAUGGUGGUACCUUCACAAUUAGCAACGGUGGAGUAUUUGGUUCACUGAUGGGAACACCGAUUAUCAAUCCUCCACAAAGUGCCAUUCUCGGUAUGCAUGGUGUUUUCGAUCGACCAGUAGCUGUUAAGGGACAGGUUGUAAUCCGUCCUAUGAUGUACGUUGCUCUGACUUACGACCAUCGAUUGAUUGAUGGACGUGAAGCCGUUCUGUUUUUGCGUAAGAUAAAGGAUGCGGUUGAAGAUUCAAGAAUAGUUUUAGCUGGUCUUUAA